AUGAGCUCGAAUAGCAGACCAUAUAUCCCCAUCGCCCCCUUCAAUGAUCGCACCAAUACGACCGACCUCAUUCUGCGCUCCAACGACAAGGCAGAAUUCCGCGUUUUCCAGAACAUCAUAUGCAUCGCGUCCAGUGUCCUAGACGGCGAAAUCAAACGCCUGAAAGGCGAGCGCGAGUCUGCGAAAGGCGCUGGCGACGCGCGUCUCGUCUUGGACCUAGACAUACCCGCUCCAGUCAUGGAUUUGCUGUUGCGAUUGUGCUAUCCGGUGACGUGUCCUCCUAUCUUGAGACUGCGAAGCCUCGAGGACGUGAUGCAUGCCUCGAUGAAGUUCGGAAUGUCCGGCGUGACGCAACGCUUGAAGGAGCGACUGGAAUUGCAUUUCCUUCCCGAAGAUCCUAUUGGUGUCUUCGCUGCCUCGUGUCGACUCCGUCUAUCGGACGUGGCUCGAGCGGCGGCAUGGGAGAUCGACCACGAGAUAUCUACGCUCUCCACGGAUGAUCUCGACAACCUCCAAGAUAUAUGCGCCGCAGAUUAUCUUCGUCUAAAGCGUUUCCUUGCCUCCGGAGGACAGGACCGCGAACUCAUCCUUUUCGAAUGGUCCUGGGAAAAGGCAGCGUUGGGCGGACCGGCCCAAGAGGAAGGAUCCAAGGUGGCAGCAGCUCCUUUCGACGACGCUUCGUUCGCGGAUAUCAUCCUCGAAAGUUCGGACCACGUCAAGUUUCACGUCUUCAAGUCCAUCAUGGCCUCCGCAUCGUCGGUCUUCCGCGACAUGUUCACGUUACCCCAGAAAGCACAGGACGAGCUGCCUGUGGUGUUCAUGACAGAGGACUCCCAAACAUUGGACACGCUCCUCCGCGCUUGCUACCCAAUCUCACCGGGCCCAGCCCGUACGCUCCAGAAAACGUACGACGCACUAGCUGCUGCCAUGAAGUACGAUAUGAUCGAAAUUAUCAGCCGGUUUUCACGGGAAUUGAUGGAGACGCACGCCGUCGCAGACCCCGUCAGCGUCUACGCCAUGUCGGCGAAGCUGGGACUCGAGGACGUCACGCGAGCCGCCGCCAAGUUGGUCCUCGGCAAACACGUCGACGAUCUCGAUUCACCGCAUUGGAAUCUAAUCCAUUCUUCCCAUUACCAUAGGCUACGGCGCUAUCACAAGUCCUAUUCCGACUCCGUCGCGGACGUUGUCACGAUCGAUAGGGAUUCAGGGCUUAUGUACUGGCAGAACUCAGAUUAUAGUCGUUGGGUAUCCUGCGAUUAUCCCGCGUGCAUUAACGGCGUCGCCAGUCAGGACGCGCCGAGGCUAGACCGGUUAUCCGUCAAGAAGUGGUGGCUGAGAUAUGUCAGGGACAUAGGCGACGAACUGCGCAGAAGGCCACUGGAUCCCUCCAUCACGUCGUUCCUCCGUCUGCUUCCCUACGCCACGCCAGAGGCUUCGCUGUUGUGCCCAGAGUGUAGACCUCACCUUUCGAAGGACCUCGAAAGUAUGCAGCAGUUUUGCCGUCGAUUGAAGAUUGAGGUCGAACGCCGUGUCGAUGAGGUUGCGUUCCCUAGCUGGUGAGCCUUGUACUGCGGUAAUCACGCUCUAGCUUCACGGUUAGGCCGAUUGGUCGCGAUCGAAAACCGCAAGUCGCCCCUGAGUCCGCGAACAUGCAAUGCCCACCUGCAAGGCCAUGGCAAUGGAUAAAAUCAGCUCCCGGCAGCUUCCUGAUCAUGACAACUAUCUUUAGCUAAGUCAAGCUAAGUGAACUGGGUGGGGCGACUCGCACAGCUUGACAGCGACCGAUAUGCCGACCUUAUAUAAGACUAGACAGUAGACUUCAUGAACCAGGCUCGCUUCCUGCCUUAUCGUGUCUCCUAUACAU